AAAAUUUUUUGAUUGGUUGGUCCAAUGGAAAAACUCCGGUCGCUGUGGUGAGACACUGGGUCGCUGUGAAUGGCUAUUGUCAUUAACACGGUUGAAUAGGACUUCCAGAAACUCCGACCAUUCUCCGACUGUAGACUUUUUAUGCCUCAGUUUUAUUGUGAAUCAUUCGAGAUUAUUCGAGAUCAGAAAAGAUCAGAGGAAAUCACGAACAAAAUAAACCGAAGUAGAUGAUCGGUUCCAAGGAUUUCUGGAAAACCUUAAAUAUUGGUUACCGUGUGGAUUGCGCAUUAUUUCGCAACGUUGAUCCGUUAGCAAUCAAACGCACAGUUCAACACAACAGUUGCGCACAGUCAAACCGAGUCGGAUAUAGUAGUUGUGUAGCGUAGCACUUUGCCUUAUUUGAGAAAGAUGGAGACUGAUUACGACGACGAUCGUAGUGGUUGGGGAGACGAGAUGAACCGAAGCACCGACGAGUGUAGCGGGGAAGAUACAUUUGACAAUCCACAGGAAGUACUAAACGAAUGUUUGGAUAAGUUCAAAACGGCUGACUAUAUAAUGGAGCCCGGUAUUUUCGCCCAACUUAAGAGAUACUUCCAAGCCGGAGGAAAUCCCGAGCAAGUUAUAGAAUUGCUGUCGAAAAAUUACACGGCUUGCGCACAGACGGCGAAUCUACUCGCGGAAUGGUUGAUUCUUGCCGGGGUAAAGGUCACCGACGUGCAGGCGAUGGUGGAAAAUAAUUUGAAGGACAUGAUCCUUAAAACUUUCGAUCCCAAGAAAGCGGACAAGAUCUUUACCGAAGAGGGUGAAACUCCGGCCUGGUUGACUGAAAUGAUACAGCACCCUACUUGGCGAUCCCUUAUCUAUAGGCUCGCGGAGGAGUAUCCGGAUUGCUUAAUGUUAAAUUUCACCAUCAAGCUUAUAUCCGACGCUGGAUUCCAAGGCGAAAUCACGAGCAUUUCGACCGCGGCCCAGCAAAUCGAGGUCUUCUCGCGCGUGCUGAAGACCGCGAUUGCUGGAUUUCUGAAGAAUACAGAAAACUGGCAGUCCAGCAUACAGGAGUGUGCGAAAAUGGUGUGUCACGGCCAGCACACCUAUGUAUACAGUCAGGUCUUGUUGCAAAUUCUCGCGCAAGAACCCCGUGGUGGCUUCAUGAUGAAAAGACUCUCCCAAGAGAUCACCAAGUGCGCGCAACAAAGUCGACACGAUGUCACGCCGAUAACAAUGGCCCUGAACGGCGCUGCUGGUAGUCCCGCAGCGUGUCAGGCUCUAGCGUCUAUGUUGUCGAGAAACACCUUAAAUCCCGCUGAUAUCACGGUCUUGUUUAGAAAUUAUUCUGCAGCGGAGCCACCUCCCAUUGAAUUGUUGCGCAAUCCACAAUUUUUAGAAUUACUGGUUGAUGCACUUUUUAAGCCCGGUGUAAAGAUAAAUCCUGAACAUAAAUCAAAAUACAUACAUUUACUAGCUUAUGCAGCAAGUGUGUGCGAGACAGCUCCUAAAAAAAACAGUGCCCGCAAAAUUAAUAAGGACGAGUUGAAAACGACUACUCAGGCAAUUGAGAAAGUGCAUAAUAUAUGUAACAUAAAUAAAGGAUCGACUGAGCUAAUAGCAGAAUUGCAUACCCUGUAUCAAAGCAUACGAUUUCCUGUUGUAAGCGUGGGUGUGAUACGGUGGGUAGAGUGUACUGUGACUGAACCUUCAUACUUUAAAUUAUGUACAGAGCAUUGCCCCGUGCAUCUCGCUUUACUAGAUGAAGUUGUACACUGCCAUCCCUUGUUGCAUCCAAAAAUACUACGAUUACUUGUACAAUUGUUUGAAAGCAAGCAAGACGAAUUAGAGAUACUUGUACAACUGGAAAUGAAAAAGAUGUUAAUCGACAGAAUGGUGAAUUUGCUAAGCAGAGGUUGCGUAGUACCUGUCGUAUCCUAUAUUAAGCAAUGUUGGCAACGUGGCGAUACAGAUAUAUCUUUAAUUAGAUAUUUCGUUACCGAGGUCUUGGAAGCGAUAUCAUCUCCAUAUACAACCGAAUUUAUGCAAUUAUUUUUGCCAAUGGUAGAAAACGAAGAGAUUACUGGAACUAUGCGUGGAGAGAGUGAUAAUGAUCUAGUUACAGAAUUCAUUGUACAUUGCAAGAGUAAACUGGAAGACUGCCCUGCUGUGAGAUGACGUUAUAAAAAUUGAUCACGAGUGGGUCACAUCAAAGAAAAGCAGUAAC